AUGUACAAAGGCAAAGGCAAAGGCAAAGGAAGAGUCUCAGACGAGUUCCUGGACUACUGCGUUUCGAGGGUCGACCCCGAAGACAAAGGAAGCUUGCGCCAAAGCCUGCUUCCGCUGUCCCGGCAGCUAGCAACGAGGCUGAGACACGAUGACAAGCACGGGUUUCUAAGAAAGAUGGGCAUCGAAAUGGACCAGGAUGGGUGGACGGACCUUAGCCAGAUCUUAUCCUUGGAGGAGUUCGCGCGAUGGAACACCAGGGAUGUGAGGGAAGUUGUCCAGGAGAGCUAUUCCAAAGACAAGCCACGGUUCCAGAUUUCGAACCGAGGCAACCGACUUUUCAUCCGUGCCUUCCACAAGCGCCCAGGAGCAGAACCCGAGUGGCUGCGCAAAGACCGCUUUCGCGAGCGAAGUCCCAGCCCACCGGAGCUUCCUCCCGAUCCCUUUGAGGGCAGCGAUGAUGGCAUCACGAGCAUCCGACGGAACAAGAUGGCAACCCCGGAAUGCUUCGAUUUGAGCCGAGAGCACUCCGCGGACGAGGACGAGGAGGCAGAGACGGAGACGACUCUGCCACAAGAUGCCGUGCUCUCCUCUUUGGGCGAUGAGUGGUUCAGAAUCUCUUUGGAGGGCUCCAUCCACGCCUGGGUCUGCCGCAGAGAGGAUGGUUCU